UCCUACAGACCACCCAAAGCCCUAUAAAUAAUCCAAGGACUGUAUUUUUCCUCCAGAUUUCUCUUCAGACCUCAAAGGAAAAAUAUCAGGCAGAGGAAGGGAGAGAGGGAGAAGGGAAAGUGAGGAGGGGAAAGAGAGACAGAGAGAAAGGAAAGAUGGCUAGUGAAUUCAAGAAGAAAAUUUUCUGGAGGGCAGUGGUGGCUGAGUUCCUUGCCAUGAGCCUUUUUAUUUUUAUCAGUAUUGGCUCAGCUCUGGGAUUUAGCUUCCCAGUGGUGGGCAACAAAACAUCCACAAGGUCUCAGGACAACGUGAAGGUUUCUCUGGCUUUUGGGUUAUCCAUCGCUACCAUGGCACAGAGCGUGGGCCACAUCAGUGGUGCCCACCUGAACCCAGCUGUCACCCUGGGCCUCCUGCUGAGCUGCCAGAUCAGCAUCUUGAAGGCACUCAUGUACAUCAUUGCCCAGUGCCUGGGGGCAGUGGUGGCCACGGCUAUUCUGUCAGGAGUCACCUCCUCUCUCCCAGACAACCUCCUGGGGCUCAACGCGCUUUCAGAGGGGAUCAAUGCGGGCCAAGGACUAGGCAUCGAAAUCAUUGCAACCUUCCAGCUGGUGUUGUGUGUCCUUGCCACCACAGACCGGAGAAGAAAUGAUGUCUCGGGAUCAGCACCUUUGGCCAUUGGUCUCUCUGUUGCCUUGGGACAUCUUCUUGCUAUCGAUUACACCGGUUGUGGAAUUAACCCAGCCAGAUCUUUUGGCUCUGCACUGAUUGCCAACAACUUUGAAAACCACUGGAUCUUCUGGGUUGGCCCAAUCAUUGGAGGAGCAAGUGCUGCCCUGAUUUACGACUUCAUCCUGGCUCCCAGGAGCAGUGACCUGACUGACCGCAUGAAGGUGUGGACCAGUGGCCAAGUAGAAGAGUAUGAUCUGGAAGGAGAUGACAUGAACUCCCGGGUUGAAAUGAAGCCAAAAUAAAGAAAGAGAAGGAAAAGGGGGGGGAAAAAAAAAGGCAAAAAAAAGCAAAAAAAAAGCACAUUGGUUUCUGAAGAUUUUAUCAGUGUUAUAGACUCUUUGUAAACCAGCAAGUACUUUGUUUUUAAUUCAAUAGGGUUUUCCAUGUUUUUUGCCCCCAACCUUAAUAGCAUUUUUAUACCUGGGUGUUUUUUUAAAUUAUAAAGUUUUCAGGCCAAGAAGUUGUUAGAACCUCUUGCUUGAGCUAAAAGAACUGGGCUGGAAUUGAACCCCUCCCUUGCCACCACCAAAUUUUUCUGAUGUUUUUAAAGUUGCUGGUUCUCCCAGCACAUCACUCAAUGAUGAUAAGUGGUUCAGAUGAGCAGUCUGUUUGCUGAAAGAAUAGAUACUGAAGAAAGAGCACCAUCUGCACCAAUAAUGGGGCACUUAUACCAGCAAAACUAUUUAUAUUAAUAUGCAAGGGUUGUAUCUAAUGCCAACAGUGCAUGUGGAAACCAUCCAUCUCAAAUCGUUCCCCAAAAGCAUCUUUCAAAAGCAAAGGCCACUAAAAAGUACUUCUAACAUAGAAUUAACCGUAAUUUCCCAAAUGAUUUAUAAUCUCUGAGAAAGAGAUCCAGAAAAGUUUGGCGGGACAAGAAUCUCCAAAGUACCAGAAACCAUUUAGAUGUUCUAGUGUUCCAUUCUCCCUGAACCUUCUUCCGGCUCAUUGUGAGGGAAGAGAGUAUAUGAGAAAAUGUAUCAAUCUCAUAAUUCCUGGGAAGUAACACCUAGAAGUCAAUUGAAGAGCAGUAAAAAAGCAACAGCAAAAAGAACAACAUGGUGCCAAUAUGUCAACAGGAUCUGAUUGUUCCUGUGGCUGCUCAGCUUUUGUUCAUCUUAUGUAAUCUAACUGUAUGUUUUAAAAUAAACCAGGAAAAAUAAAAAAGGCCCCUUUCUUCCUGACCCCAUUCUAGUAGCCAGUGCUGUGACAUUCAGGGACAAUGAAUAGAUACACACACAGAAUAUUUUCUAUUGAGGGACAAAUACAUAGCUGUGUGUAAGUCCAUUUUGGGGGUUGUUGCUUUGUUUAUAUAUAUAUAUAUAUAAAUGUUUAUAUAUAUGUUUUAUACAGAAAGCCUAGUAUACUGUUUUGUAAGAAAAUAAGGACAUAAGACAAGUGGAAAGAGUUGCAGCAGUGCUUAGCAAAAUAAAUGACACUGGAAAUGUGAAGAAAAUUGACACUCUAAGUGAUGUGGAAGACUAUUUUCUGUUUUCAUUUUUGUGUGUGUGCUACUUAUAAUUUCCUGAGUAACCCAAAGCAUUAGCUGGUCUUACCUACUAACUAUAGAAUAUAGUAAAAGCAGAUACAUGCUGAUAUACUUGUUCUGCACUAAACAGUUUUACAUAAGAAAUGAGGCCCAGAGGAAACUACAUUAAAAGUUGCACACUUUAUUAUUCAGACAAACACCCCAGAGGUAACAUGAUGUCUCCUCUCAGAGAGACAGUGUGAACAUGGGAAUUGAAAGAGGUUUGACAUGAGAAUCCAUACAGGUUGGAUUACUUCAUCAAGUUGAGCAGGUGUACAAUGAAAAAAACCCCACAAAAAUAAGAAGAAAAAUCACCAGCAAAAUAAAACAGAAUACACUUGAUCUUUCUUGUCUAGAUUUGGUGUGCUAUCCUGUGUAUUGUCUAUGUACAUACAGCAUGACUAGAUUUUGGGGUGGUUUAAAAAUAAACAAAAUCAGUUGUGCUAACA